UAUCAGGGAGCAACAGGCCGGCGCGGAGGAAGGGCGGGUCUGCUGACAAACCCCAGCAGCUUCUAGACGCUCUAUUUUGUUCAUCCGCCGGGCGGCUCAGAGCAGCACUGAGAACUAACAGGGCGGACUGUCCGCAUGUUUUCCUGGAGGGGACCGCAGAGGGAUAACGGUACCGUGCUGUGAUACCGUGUUGUUGGGGGAAUAUUGGAGUCGGGGGUCGGUGGAGAAGCUUGCUGAAGGGGGUGGAGGUGGCUGUGCGGCUGUCACGAACAGGCGGUAUUCAGAGGCGAAGCUAUCAGAACUAAUUCAUUGUCACUCCAGACCGGUGGACUCACGGCUAAACUGCUAAUUCGGACGUGUGGUGUUUUGAGGAGUGACAGGAGGCGACAUGGUGGACUACUACAAUGUCCUGGGAGUGCCCAAAACAGCCUCUCAGGAUGACAUCAAGAAGGCAUACAGAAAACUGGCUUUGAAAUGGCAUCCUGACAAAAAUCCAGACAACAAGGAGGAGGCAGAGCGAAAGUUCAAAGAACUUGCUGAGGCCUAUGAAGUCUUGUCAGACAAGAGCAAACGUGAUGAAUAUGACAGAUAUGGGAGUGACCGAAUGCGACACACAGGUUCGUCCAGCUCAGACUUUUCAUCAGAUUUCCCAGGAUUCACCUUCACAUUCCGCAGUCCAGAUGAGGUGUUCAGAGAGUUUUUUGGUGGGCAGGAUCCCUUUGCUAGCUUCUUUGAUGAUUUCUCAUCUUUUGGAAGCUCAUCAUCUCAUCACCAUGGCCCUAGUCGAUUCUUCUCUUUUCCUUCAACAGGAGUUGACUUUACUUCUUUCUCCUCUUCCUUCGGUGGUCUGGAUGGGAUGGACAGCAUGGGUGGAGGGAUGAGCAAUUUCAAAUCAGUUUCUACUUCCACUCGCAUCGUAAAUGGCAAACGCACCACCACCAAAAAGAUAAAAGAGAACGGGCAGGAAAGAGUAGAGAUUGAAGAGGAUGGGGUGUUAAAGCGUGUUGUAAUUAAUGGUGUCGAAGAUGAAAUGGCCCUUGCUCUGGAGCUGAGCCGGCGAGAGGGACAGCCCCGUCAGUCUCCUCACAAGCCAGGCAUCCAGAACAGAUCACCUGCUGAGUCUGACAGAUCCCGGCCAAGCCCUCACUCUGCAGCCACACACCGGUCGUUCAGCUCUGCUCCUUUCUACCACUACAGCGUUUCAGGAGGCAGCGAGGAAGAUGAGGACGAUGAAGACCUGCAGAUGGCUUUGGCAUGCAGCCUGUCAGAAAUGGAAGCCCAGCAGAGAGCUGCAGCUACUGACUUCAUAUCAGGUGCUGGGGGUGUGGGCAAAGCCACAAGUAGCAAAACUAGGGUCUGUAAAGGAGGCAGGGUUGUAACCGAAGCAUUUUUGACUGUGAAUAGUAGUGAAAAGGUUUUUACAGGGCAGAACGAUGCACAGGGUCAGUUUAAAAUGGGCUCCGGGCCUGGAGAUAAAUGGGAACAGGAGGGACAGGGCACCAGAGAGCCAGACUUCUCUCCUGAGUCAUCCACAACUGCCAGCACUACACCACUAAGCCAGUGCAGUGACGACAGGUUUAAACCUGCGAUAAAAAAUACUGAUGGCUGUACAAAAAAGAAAAAGAAGUGUGGGUGUGUUGUGUGCUAAUGCAGUGUCUGUGUGUGUAUUUGGGAUGCCUUAUUAUGCGUAUACUUACCUCAGUGUUUUGACUACAGCCGGACUCUAAUGUAAUGCGAUUGCGCAAAUCUUUAUAUGAGGCAGCGCCUAAACUGAUGACAAGACUUUCAUGAAGUCUUAACACCCCUAAAAGGAACAAAAUCGUUCACAAAAUUUUUGAUUUAUUUUUUUGCUGAUUUUCAUUUUGAUGUCUAACCUACAUGUUUACAUAUAAUGUGCCAAUACAAUUAAAAGUUUGAAUUCUUUUGUUUUAUGCAUGUAAAGCAAUGCAAAAGAUUGCUUCUAAAUGUAUGUAAAUUUGCCAAAUAUUUACAGACAUAAACAGGAUUAAGCAGGUAUUUAGACCGAGUGUAGAAGUAAUAAAGUCAAAUUUUAUUAAUAUACACUUUUUAAAACAAAAUUGCUAAAUACUGAACAGUGUAAACAUGCAGAAAAGUUAACAUACAUAGAAAGCAAUAUAAUUGUUUUUAUUAUUAUUAUUAUUAUUAUUAUUAUUAUUAUUAUUAUUAUUAUUAUUAUUAUUAUUAUUAUUAUUAUUAUUAUUAUUAAUAAUAAUAAUAAUAAUAAUAAUAAUAAUAAUAAUGAAAGCCCUCAAAGGGAAAACGAGUCAGUGAAAAUGGGUUUUGAAGAGUUUUUAAAGCCAUUUACAAACACAGCUGAUGUAAAAGAGAAGGGAAGACCGUUUCACACAGACAGGGCCCUAACAGCAAAAGCACAAUCACCUUUGGAUUUGAGGUGGAGGGUAUAAAUAAGAGACUUUGGUUGGAUAAUAUGAGCAGUCUCGUAGGCUAGUAGGGAUGCAAGAAAUGCAUCGAGGGACAAAGCCAUGGAGAUAAUUGGCCUUCUGUUUGAUAAACGUUAACCUGAAAUCCCUUCUGUGCUUUAUAGCUUGCAAAUGAAGGGACCUGAAGAUUGGUAUGAUGUUGUAAUUGGUUAUCUGUCUUGCUGCUUAUACAGGAAAAAAAGCAUAUCAGUAGCUCAGGGCACGAAAAUGAAGGAAUGGAUGAAUUCUUGAUCUCUGGUUAAAAGCAUCAAUUAGCUUUUUUUGUAGUGUUGGUGAAUUGAAAAGGAGCAGGUAUGUAGAAGCUCGUUGAUGUGCGUGUGUUAGAGUUCAGCCCUGGUUGGUAAAUGGUAAGGUUGGGGUCUUUUGCGAAGACGAACGUGAGUUUUAAACUUUGGAACAACAUUGUUAGAAAGUGAAGACGUUUUGGCUGGUCCACUUUGAAACCGAGCUUGGAAGAACUGUUGAGAGUUACGACAUGAUUUUAGGAUCGACGUUAGAAUUAGGUUAGGUUAAGGAUUGGGGUUAGGUAUUUAGUCAUGAAGAUUAAGAUUAGGAUAAGAAACUAAGGAAAGCGUUAUGUCAAUGAGGGUACUCGUAAACACAGAAAGACAAACAAGUGUGUGUGCUUGUGUGUGUGUGUGUGUACCCAUGAAUUCCUGUGUGUGUUUGGGUCAGUUGAGACUGCCAUAGAAUUUUCUCAUUCAGACUCUCUGGCAAAGGGAAUGUAUCAGUACUGUGUGACAUUCAUCCCAGUGUGAAACAAUAGAUCAAAAUCAAAAGUAGGUCACAGAAGUUUCUGUGGUGAUGUCUGUUUACUGUUGAAGCUAAUAAUUUCUAGAUUAUACUGUAUAUAAUAACAAAUAGUUGGGUGAAACGCACACUCACACAUUUUGCUAAUGAAGUACUUCAUAGAUACACAAAGGCUGGCCGGAAUAGUCCACACAGGCAGAAAAGUUACAGUAGUGAGGAGCUUAUCAUUCAUUUGAGGUACACAAUGUCUGGCCUUAAUGCACUUUUACAAAAAUACAUCACCCUUUAUAAUCAGAUUGUAGAUUGUAAUGUGGGUUUUUUUGUAGUUAGCAGGCAAAACACAGCAUAGAAUGUAGUGAUGGCAGCAAUUACAUGUAAUCAUUUAAAUCUUUUAGUGCCUUUUCACAUUUUAACUAAUAAUAUGUUUACCAUAUUUACAUUACCGCUGCAAAUGUGCCAAAUGAAUUCUCUGUUACCUUCCUCAAAUAAAGGGAAAUUUGCAAAGCUUAACAUUAAUGAGUGGGAGUGAUGUCAGGUGCCUUGGGGAACAACUGAGUGGGUGUGAUAACAUUUAUUUUUGAUGGUAGUGUGACAAUUAACAAAAAAGUUUUAUUCCAGUUGGAUUGGUAGAGGAGCGGCAGUAGCAAAAUGUUCCUAUCAACAUUUGUUGAAGUGCUGCUGGUACAAAUACUAAACCCCCACCUGCUGCAGUUCAGUUUCCUUGUGUGCAAGAUGAUCAGGAAUGUACUUUAGGGACAGCUCCAUAACCUUCCCUCCACCCACACUGAUUUUCUCCACGCUUUUGCCUGAAAUGCAUUGAAGAAAUGCUUUAAGAGAUAAAGAUGAAUGAUAGAGAAGUAGAUUGGAAUAAUUUGAAUAUGUUUUGAUUUCAGACUUCCAGUCACAAGAAUAUCAAUGUCAAAAAUUGGUAUAUCUGCACCUUUGCACUCAAGCUGGAUAUUAUUUACAAAGUGGCACAUUUUUUUUUACAUAGAUAGAUGCAUCUGUCUGCACAGUCCUAGAAAUGCAAAGAAUAAGCAAACCGCUGAGCUCCACAGCCACUGAAAGUUCUUCAUGCAGAUGUGUGUGAGAGAAAUUAAGUCAGUGAAUCGCAAGUUAGUUACUAUGGUGCUCCUGGACAAACCCAAACUUGCCUUCCUGCAGACCUUUAAUAAAGGAAAAAUAGUUGUAGUGUUAAUAAAUGAACACGAAUAACUGUUUUAAAUGUGAUUGUUGCUAUAUUUGUGAACAUGAAGCUUAAAGGAACAAAAUUAAGUUUUGUCGGUGCCAAAAAAAAUUUACUACUAGAAAUAAUAUGUAGUAACAUGUUCGAUACAUGCCUGUCUUAUUAAGUACAGGCGUUGUCCCUUUGCCUGUCUUGUUUUCUUUAUGCUGCUCAUACAGCGCAAUACAUUUGUUAUUGAGUUGUUAUAUACAAGACAUUGCCAUGUAGUUUUCAUGAGUGCUUGAUUUAAUUUACUUUGCAUGAGUUUUGCUUUUACUUUAUAGUGUAACUAUUGUCAGUGGCAACAAGUAAGCACAGCUGUUACAGCGUAAUUUCAAACAAAUUCAAUCGAGAUGAAUUGUUUUGACCUCUCUAAACUGUUAAUGUUCUGGAGAGGGAAUGAGAGUGAAAGAGGCAGAUGGAUUCUUUUAAAAAAAAAAUAUAUCGGCCUGUAUUAUAUGUACUACGUUGCACUGCCAUGUGUUAAUGUUCUUUUUAUUUUCAGAUUGUUUAAAAGGAAAUAACAAAUAAAGAUUGAGCCAAAAGAUGA